AUGUGCUGGCGAACGGCGUGGGGCCUGCCCGGCCCGGCGCCGCCGCUGCGCGCGGACUGCGCCGACGACGACGGCUACGAGGAGCUGCCGGUGUCACUGCCGCCGCACGUACCGCGGGGGCUGUCCAGGGACGACGCGCCGAGCGCAGGCGGGGAGGCCACGACGUUCGAGGUGGAGCAGGUGGUGGCGCCGGCGUCCAACGGCGGCUUCGGCAUCGGAGGAGGGGCGUGGCUCGCGUUGGUCUGCGCGUCGUCCGUCUACGCGAAGGUGGCCGGUCCUUCCCCGUCGUAG